GCCCUGAGGGUUGCCGGGGUUCUGGCGGAGCAGAAGUGGAAGGGGAGAUCCACUGCUAUUCCCCAGUCCCCUCGCGCCCGCCAGCCCUGCAAUUGCUAUGCGACCGGGCGGUGGCGAGAAGGGAGGUUCCGGAGCGCCCGCGGAGCCCGCUGACAGGGUCCCACCUGGGAAGAUGGCCUACGAUGGAAAAUGCAUUGAAACUGUGAUUAAGCUACUGGACCAAUUUAAACCUGAGAAGGAGAGUCCCGAGCAGUUCCUGGAGGCUGCGGCCACCUCCCUGCAGACCCUGAGCCCCCAGGAGCAGGCGUUCAUCAUGGAAGUUCUGUCCGGAUGCCUCGAGUACCGGAAGCUGCUGACCAUCGUGGUGGACGCCUUCUACGUGCAGGACGGCCGGCUCUGCCUGUGGGCCGAUUACAGCCUCUUUGAGGUGAUCUGCUACCUGGCCACUUUCCAGCUGGAGGAGCUCGGCUUUCAGCUCUUCUGUAGCAUCAUGAAGUCCCAGCCCGUCCACAAGGUGUGCAAGUUCCUUGGGUUCCUCUUCAACCCCUUGAACCUGGGCUCAUGGAUCAAGGAUGAGUGGAGCCUCAUCUACGAGACCACCCACGUGAAGGAGCAGUGGAUCGACCCCCUGAUGAGGUGGCAGCCGGAGGUCCAGGAGCUGAUCAACCAGCUGCAGGGGGCGUUGACCAAUCAGCCUCCUCUUCCAAAGACCAAGGCCAAGGUCACAGAGCCCAAGGAGUUCAACCUGACUGCCCCCAGGCCCCGCGCCAUCCCAGUGCCUGAGCCAGUCCCCGUGGUGGCCAAGACCAGACCAGUCCCCAGGAGCACCUACCGGCCGCCCAAGGAGCAGCGGCUCCUGGAGAUGACCAAGAGAUAUAAUCACCGGAAGGCCGAGGAGCUGCUGCUACGGGCCAGCGUUGAGGAGAUGCGGUGCGCGGGGCCCAGGUCCCGCGGGGAGCCCCCAGUGGAGGACUCCAAGAAGAAGCUGCGGCUCCGAUUUCCACCUCGAAUCGUCAAGGCUCCGAAACUGACCUUCUACAGGCCCAACGACGCCUCCCCGGUCAAGCUGAACACUGCUGCCAUCCUGCGAGAAGGGGCCUUAUACCAGCGGCAGGUGGAGAGAGAGCUGCAGAGGGUGGAUAAGCUCGUGGACGGGGCCGGGGACCUCUCCGAGUUCCUCAGGUGGCAGAGGAAGAUGCAGGCAAAGGACCGGGAGGAGCAGCUGGCCACAGGCGAGUGCCGGAGGCUGCAGGGGAAGCUCAGCCACGAGGAGGCCGUCCUGGCGCGGCAGCAGGUGGUGCAGGAGAAGAAGCAGAAGGCCGACCAGAAGAAGGAGGAGACAGCUGAGCUGAUGCAGCAAUGUGCCGAGAGGCGCCUCCAAGAGGAAAAGUCCAUGAAGGAGCUGGUGGAGCAGGUGAUGGAGACGCAGAAGAACGUCAAGGUGGCGCAGACAAAGCUCCUGAAGGGCCGACGGCAGAUGGUUCAGGAGGUGAUAGACGAGAGCCGGGAGCUGCUACAGCGCAGUGCAGAGGCGGCCAAGGAGGAGCAGAGGCGGCGCUGUGAGCUCAUCUCCCAGUUGCGAGCCCUGGAGACUCAGCCCACGCGCAAGGGCAAGCUGGUGGACCUGACCCAGAUCCCCGGCUAUGGCCUGGAAGGGGAGAUGUCGGUCGUGGAGCUGCGCGAGCGGCUGGCCCUGCUCAAGGAGACCCAGAGGUGCAAGGAGGAGGAGAAGCGAGACCAGAUCAUCCAGGGCAAGCGCGCCAAGAGCCGGGCGCUGCAGAACACGGUGGAGCAGAUCUCGCUGUGCCGCGCGGCCAUGGGGAGGUCUGCAGCCUUGAGGUGGGAGGAGAAGAAGGCGCAGUCGGCGGCCGCGGGAGCGCCCUCCCGGGACGAGCGGGUGCUGGAGCUGCAGCGCAGGAUCCGGGAGAAGGCGGCCGAGCGCCGCGGGCAGGAGGCACUGCUGCACGUGCCGGCGCCGCGGGCAGCUCGCCCCAAGCAGCAGGCGCAGCUGGAGGCGCAGCGCAGGCUGGAGAUGGAGCAGAGCCGGGAGCGCAGGCUGCGGGCGCUGCAGCGGGGAGGCUCGGCAGGCGGGCCCGCUCGCUGCCUGGGUGCCGCCUGA